CAAGUUUUUAGCUGAACGCCAGAACAGAACAGAUAUCAAUUGAUCAACCUUGUUAAGACCCUCGAUUUUUGCUGUCCCUCUAUACCACAGUUUAGUCAGAGAUGCUGUUUUUCCUUUGUCAUGUCCCUCUGUCUCAUCAUUUCAUUGUCCCCUUCUCCUCUCUCCUACUCCUCCUAUCAUAGACAUUGCAAAAAUAUUGUAACCCAACCUGAGGCCACCACCACAAUCUCUGACUUGUGACAACCAUUUUCUUAUCCUCUUACUGCAAAUUCCAUCGUCAUCAUGCAUGUUUCUAUAAGACUCUCUCCUAUCAUAAUGGUUAAAAAAUAAAACAACAAAACAAGUGAUUAAAAUAACUUGGUUUCUCUCUCACUCUUUCUUUCUUCAAAUUGGUAAUGAAAAGGUUUGAGCAACAAACAAGUGGUGCUGCAAAGUUUAUGCUGUUGUUGUGAUUGUGAUGAUGGGUUUUGAAGCCACUACUCCAAUGGUGGCACCCUUUGGUAGUAAUACUCAGAGACCAGACCAUUGGAAGCAUUUUGAUGACUCGGUGAAUGCAGUGUCUUUUGGGUUUGUUGCCACUGCCAUCCUCAUUUCUAUGUUCCUUCUUCUGGCUAUCUUUGAGAGGUUUCUUAGGCAAAGAUCAAGUGAAGCCAACAAUGUUGCAACUCCAAUGGAUCUUGAACACCAAAUGCACUUAGGUGGAAAGUUGGAAAAUCUAUCAUCCAAGAUGACCAUUUAUGGAAGAGGUGUCUUAGUGUUGAUGCCUGGAGAGCAGAUUCCUUCCUUCAUUGCACUUCCUUCUCCGGCACCAUGUAGCCGCCAGCCCAUGUCAUGGCCUAUUCAAGUUCAACAUAACUCAUGCUUCCAUGCACCUUUAGCAUUAACGAGGAACUAUAAUCUAACAAGUAACUAGAAACAUGAUGGUUCAUCCCUUUUGAUCAGUGACAAGAAUUAAGGUCAUUUCAUUUAGCAGUGUGAAAUUAAAGCCUCUAGUGAAACUCAUCACUGAUGGGCAUUACUAGGAUCUUAAAACUAGCAUAAUGGCAUCUCUUUUCCUUACAAUUGAAACCCCUUUUUCCUCACAAGGUAGAUCUGCUACUUGGAGAUCAUGUAAAAAAUUUGUACAUAUGUUGCCCAAUUUCAUUAAUGCAUUGUAUUUUCCGGUGAAAUUGCCUUUGGAAAGCAAGAA